AUGUCUCUCUGGGAUUUUGAUACAUCAGUUGAUACUUCUUUUGACAUUCCUCCACAGUUACUUGAACCAGACUUUCAAAUGCCUGAAAGCAACAUUGAAUUUAAUAAAUACGAUUUUGAAUGGCCUAAUUAUGCUUGUAACGAUUUCAACGACCUUUUUGACGGGAUUUAUUCUUCUCAGACAAGCUUUUCUCUAAAUGAAGAUUCCGAAUGCAAGUCUCCUCCCUCAAAAAAAAUCAAGAUAGAGGAUCCCACUUCCUUCCAAGACUAUUCCUUCCAAGAUCAUUCAUUUUUAGAGAAUUCCUUCCCAGACAAAUUUCAGAGUGCUGAAGUGCCUUUACCAGUUUUAAAGGAAGAAACUCCUUCUCCUAAACGUUCUACUCCCCAUAAAAAGAUUGUCCUUCUUGAUUCUCUUCCAACUAAAGGGGAGAUUCGCUCAAUAAAAAGGGAAUUUUCUCCGAAAAGAAACGAUUAUACAAUAUUUGAUGAUCUUUCUUUUUCUGCAAAUUAUUUCAAUAUGGAAUAUGGACGUCGUUCUGACCAUAAUGUGAGGGAACAGCAAAGAAGAAGAGUUAUUACUAAUCUUAUGGAACGACUUCGAGUCACGGUUCCUUAUACAAAAGGAGUUGAGAAGGCAACACGGCUAAAAAUUCUUCAAGAAACCACAGAAUUUAUUAUUCAUGAAAAAGAAGCAAUUGAACGAAAGAUUGACAUAGUGAGUUUAAUUUCACAAAAGAUUGAGAAUAAGUCCAAGUUUAUUCUUGACUACAUUGCAUCUGUCCACAAUUCUUAA